AUCAUGUAAUGAAUUGCAUGUGCGUUUGGGUGAUAUAACAAUAACACGAAAACUAAUUAGGAAAUCUUUCACUAACAGUCAAGUUCUAAAUUGUUAUUAAUAUAAUACUGUCUUCGAUUAAAAUGCAUUAUUUCUUUUAUUGUAGUACGCUCGUGUUCACCACUCAAACAACUUUUUUCAGCUAUUUUACAAAAUAAAAAAUUAUAGUUGAGCAAAAAUUAAAUUAAAUUAAAUGUAAAUAUUACUAAAACGUAUAACUGAUAUUUAAGAAUUCGCGGGAAACUAUUUAAUGAUUUAUGGUUUGCGCAAACCAUUUGUUACUUCUCGCUUGUUCACGAACGAAAAAAUUAUCAUUCGCCUGUACUUUGCAAUGUACUAAUAUAAAUACGACAAAUGCUUUGAUAGCAGAAGCCAAUGGGAAGGAAAAUAAAAUCAGCUGAUUAUUGAAUAGAGAUCACAAACACCAUGGCAAUUAUAUAAUCCUUGAAUAGUUGGUCCUACAAUCUAUGCCUGGACUUUUUUAGUAUUGCACCAACUUAUCUUCUUCGAAAACGCAUUUAUAGUCCUUAAAGAAAAUAUAAAACCUUAAAAAAAAUUACUCAAGCACUUGGAGAAACAUAAUUUACUUAUAUUAAAAAAAGGUUUGCUGUUAUAUAUUGCCAACAAAAUGCCAGCAGGCAGAGUAGCCGGGAAGGCUGGCUAUUCCAAUCAUUAUUAUAAUGGUCGAUCCUAUGUCGGCAUCAACGAGGAGAUCAUGUGGGUUAGCAUAGGAAUGGGCGUAACAAUUGCAAUUCUCAUAACGAUUGCGUUGUGUUAUAUUGCACGUGAAAAAUGCCAAAAACGCCAACGUGAAUAUUAUGUGACCGCGUAGUUCCUUUCGCAAAUAUCCAUUUCAUAAACUAAACUGUUCACCUAUUUCCUGAUAUGAAUAUGCUCAACUGUGAACCCGUCGUUGGUGUAGUUUUAAGCCGUAGUUCUCAAGAGAUUCCCCUUGGCAGACUCGUAAUUCAUAACUCCAUUUCAACGAUUCACCCGGAAGUCAAUAUGUUAGGGGUAGGGGGUGUAGUAUGGGGCAAAAAUAGGUUAUUACGGCGAGUGAAAAGUAAAUGCAACGCACAAGAAACCAACAAACUUCCGUAAAAUAAAAAAAGGUAUAUAGAAGCAUAUUAGAUUGUCCAUGUACUUACAUAUUCAUGUUGGUAUAUACAUAUGUACGAGUGCAUAUACGUAUGUACUAGUUAAAGACAUACAUACAUAAAUGUAUUUGUCUCAAAUGUAUUGUAAUGUUGUGUAUUAGUAUUGAAACCAAAUGUAUUAUUGAAGUAAAUUAGGACCUUUAUUAUACACAAUUAAAUACCCAGAAUCCUCUAACAAGCCUUUUUAUUGAUAUAACCUUAUGUGAAUUAUGGAAAUCGAGGUACACCUUUGCUCAAUAUAAAUUAUUAAUUAUAUUGAAAUACUUUACCAGGAAAUACUAAGUAAAGAACAGCAAAAAGUAAUCACGCACUUUUAUUGUUGUUGAAUUUUGCAAACGAAAACGACUAUAUAUAAAGUAUCGAAAUAUAAUAUAUUUGAAUUGUUAAACAUAAACAAAUUUAUAUUUGUACUUCAAAAACUGCUAUAGCAUUGCUGACCGAGUUAUGUGAUGCCAAUUUUAUGUAUGUACGUUGUAAGUUGUAUUCAUGUAUGUAUUUAUUGAUAAUUGUUUACUUUUAAAUAUAUUUACAUAUAUAUAAUAAAUAAAUGAACAUAAAAAUUGGCAUUUAUUCAAUUAUUUUAAAGUGGAAGACUACUCUCGACAUGACCGGUUCCAUUCCGAUUACGUAGACCUUACUGUCGUGAGAACGGCUAUUACUUAUUUCUUGUACUUCGCCAACGCCGGCUUAAGCAAUUCCUCGAUUUCUUUCAAACCCUUCGCGUUGGCCUGCUCAUAAUAAGGCAAUUGCUUCAAUUCCACCAACCACGCAGCCAACUUCGGCCACUUUCCAGCAUCUACUGGCACAACUAUAUUCAUAACAGAGACCGUUGACAGGAGACUGAGAUCAGCGAUGGUUAAAUGAUCUGCAGCUAUAAAUUUAUUUUGGUUGAGAUAAGCCUCCAGCACGGUAUAUACAUCGCCAACGGCCUUAAUUGCUUCGUCAGCCACCUCUUGUGACACUUCGCACAUCGACAAUGGACGCAAACGUUGUUUUAAAGUUUCCUGAAAGACAACGCCAUUCUCAUAGUGCAAACGUUGAUCGACAAUGGCGCGUUGAAAGAGAUCCUUCGGAUAGAGCGAAUCAUCUUUGCCAUAUUUGCUGGCCAAGAAGGCAAUGAUAGCGUGCGAAUCGGAUAUAUAUUUGCCAUCAACUUCGAGUAACGGCACUGUAUGCGAUGGAUUCUUUUUCAAGUACUCUUCGGACUUUUGUUCACCUAAAUAUGUAUUUACCGGCACGUGCUCGAAAUCCAAAUUCAACGCCUUCAAUGUGAGUAA